UCAAAAUUAUUUUUCAGUUUAAAUCCUUUAACCACAACAUGAAAAACCACCUAAAAUCUUACAAAAAGUUAAUCCCCCAAUUGUUUAUUAUUUAUUCACCACAAAAGAAAACAAUAAUUCCUGUUACGGAUGAGUAUAAAAGCAGUUCAUAGCAUAUGUUUCUUUAUCACUUGAAAGAGAGACAUUUAAUAAACAAAAUUCUAAUUUGGAAAAUCAAUUUAACAAAAAAUGAAUUUCAAUAAGUUGUUUGCUGUCGUUUUAUUGGUUUUGGCUGUAUGCCUGGGACAAAGUGAAGCUGGCUGGUUAAGAGAUUUUGGAAAAAGAAUUGAACGCGUCGGUCAACAUACCCGUGAUGCUACUAUUCAAGUCAUCGGUGUGGCGCAGCAGGCAGCAAAUGUAGCAGCAACAUUGAAAGGAAAAUAAUAAGCAUUUUGUAUAAACUAACUAUAAGAAUAUGCCAAAUAUAUUUUUUAUAAUGAAUAAAUAAUAAUAAAAAAAUAUUUGCUUCAGAAAAUUAAAAAUGUACCACAAAAAAAAAAAAA